UCCACUUCUACGGGAAUAAGUAGGUGUGCCUAUCACGGGGCUAAUCAGAAUGUCACUCUCGUUGUCAUCGACGACAGUCCUUGGAAAACGCAAGGCCACCAGAUAUAUUUUACAAAUUUCUGCGAGUCCACAACCCGAGCCAUCAACUUCAACUUCGACUGAGGAUCUCGCCAUCUACGAUACCGCAGAGCUUUGCUCAAAGAAAGCCCGCCAUCCUUGCACGUAUUCUGGAUGCACAAAGUCUUACUCAAAAGCCUGUAGGCUAGCAGAGCACAUAAGGUCCCAUACAGGAGAGCGUCCCUACGUCUGUACGACUUGUCAAAAGUCUUAUUUGCGCGAAUCCCAUCUCCAAGCACAUGCAAAAAGCCAUCUGCCUGAGUCAGAACGCCCUUAUGUAUGUAUGAAAUCGGCAACAUGCCAGAAACGGUUCUGGACCCUCCAGCACCUUCAGGUGCACGAGAAUACGCACAGUGGGGCUAAAUCGUAUGCUUGCUCAGUAGAGGGCUGCAACGAGCUGUUUGCUAAACACCAUCAGCUGCGAUCUCAUACCUGCCAAGUACAUGCACCCCCGGGUACGAAACCUUACAUAUGCACACACCCAGGGUGCGCCAAAUCGUUCGAUACGAAUCAAAAACUUAGAGGUCACAUCAAGACUCAUGAUGAUAAACGUUACACGUGUACACACCCGAAGUGCUUACCUUUAACUAACACUGACCCUACAUAUUACCCGACAUGGACAUCCCUCCAGGCCCAUAUACGCGAGAUCCAUCCUCCAACUUGCAUGCAUUCCUCAUGCCAUGGACGAACGUUCGCUUCCCAACAUAAUUUGCGUGCUCAUCAGAAACUACACGAACAACAAGAGUUAGAAACCAUUCUAGCAGACGUAGAACAAUCGGAAGCAACAGAUCUGCCUCGUAAACGCAGACGCGGUGGAGAAGUAGGCAGAGACUGGAAAUGCGACAAAUGCGGGAAAGAAUUCAAAUCUAUGAAAGCCCUCACGACGCACAACAACGUGAUUCAUCUCGGCCACAGAAAUCAUGUCUGCCCACAUCAACAUUGCUCCAGUGCUUUUGGCUACAAACACCUCCUCGAAAGGCACCUGGCUAAGAUUCAUAGUACAAGGAGUGAUCAAUCUGUCACAGAUUCGUCUGAGUCAGACGGCGCUACAACCACUGAUACCGAUACCGACUGUUCCAACAACGAACCGGCAGGCUCAGCAGCGCACUUGAGCAUCGAUAGAAUCACGGGACAUGCUUACUCCCUCCGCAGUCGUAUGCCAACGUCGAAAACCAUACGGUGUCCAUACCCCAACGUCGAGGACCUACUGCUAUUACCUCCAGAAACUCCGCUUUCUGGUUCUUCAGCACACUGUGACCACAUCUUAACUCGCGCGUAUGAUCUUCGCCGACAUUUGAGGGCCGAGCAUGGACUAGCUGGAGAUAAGAACAAGGUAGACUCUUGGGUAAAAUCACAUAGAGGUAGCGCUCAGACAUCUUGAUAUCUGUGCGUUACGGGAGAAGUCCUGUUUACAGUGUUGUUCAACUUUUCGAUGUUUCCAUUUCAUACCCUUGAUGUGGGAAGCUGAUAUAUGUUUUCUCUCGAUUCUGCGCAAUAGAACUUGAAGGAGAUGGAGGGUAGGAAUG